UGCAGGUGUGUGUGGGUGUUGUGGUCCUCUGCGGCCGCGCUACAAACGCCUAGUCGACAACAUUUUCCCAGAGGACCCCAAGGAUGGACUGGUUAAAUCUGACAUGGAGAAGUUGACGUUUUAUGCGGUGUCAGCUCCUGAAAAGCUGGACCGCAUCGGAGCAUACCUGGCCGAGCGGCUCACCAGAGAUGUGGUACGACAUCGCUAUGGGUAUGUAGGAAUAGCGAUGGAAGCUUUGGAUCAGUUGUUGAUGGCCUGUCAUUCCCAGAGUAUCAAGCCAUUUGUGGAGAGCUUCUUACACAUGGUAGCCAAACUGCUGGAGUCCAGAGAACCAGAUUUACAAGUGCUGGGCACCAACUCGUUUGUGAAGUUUGCAAAUAUUGAGGAGGAUACGCCAUCUUACCAUCGAAGAUAUGACUUUUUCGUCUCUCAGUUCAGUGCCAUGUGUCAUUCUACACAUGAGGACCCCGAGACCCGCAGCAGGAUCCGUGUAGCAGGCAUUAAGGGUCUCCAGGGUGUUGUCAGAAAGACUGUGAAUGAUGAACUCCAGGCAAUCAUCUGGGAGCCUCAGCACAUGGAUAAACUCAUCCCUUCCAUGCUGUUCAACAUGCAAGAUAAUGAGGACUCUGAGAGGGCUGGAGAGGAGAAUCCGGCUUCGUUGGCGGAGAGCUGCUUUCGAGAGUUGCUGGGUCGCGCUGCUUAUGGCAACAUGAACAAUGCAGUGCGUCCUGUGUUAGUGCAUUUAGACAACCAUCGUCUGUGGGACCCGAAUGACUUUGCAGUUUCCUGUUUCAGGAUAAUCAUGUACUCAAUACAGGCGCAGCAUUCUCACCAUGUGAUCCAGCAAGUGUUGUCUCACCUUGACACCCACAGUAAGAACACGCCGCGUGUGAGAGCAGGUAUUGUUCAGGUGCUGCUCGAGACGGUUGCCAUUGCUGCCAAGGGCUCCAUCGGUCCCACGGUGCUUGAGGUGUUCAACACCCUGCUGAAGCAUCUGCGGAUGAGUGUGGAUUUUGAGCUGGGCGACGGGUCCCGCAGGAACUCCACCAGCAGCCUCUCCUCCGUCCGCACUAAAGAAAGCGAGGAACGCAUCGUCCAGAAUGCCAUCAUCCAAACCAUCGGUUUUUUUGGAGGAAAUCUUCCUGAUUACCAGAGAGCAGAAGUGAUGAUGUUCAUUAUGGGAAAAGUACCAGUUUACGGGACGCCAUGCCACACGCUGGACACGGUCAAGAUUGGGCAUCAGGGCACUAAGAGAAUCCAGGCGAUGCUGCUCAGUUCUCUUAUUAUGGUUACUUCAGGGUUUAAGUGUAAAACGAUGGGCGCUGGCCUCCCCGCAGCGUUUUUGGAGCCGCUUUGCUCCAUCUCUCUGAUGGAAGACAGUGAACUCCGGCAACUCGUCUUGGAGAUUCUCCACAACAUCAUCGAUCGUCAUGACAACAGAGCCAAACUCCGAGGGAUCCGGAUUAUUCCUAACGUAGCAGCUCUGAAGUUCAAGAGAGAAAAAAUCUGCAAAGAAGAUGUGGUCUUCAUGAAAAAGCAUGGACAGCAGUUAUACAGGCACAUUUAUCUGGGCUGUAAGGAGGAAGAUAAUCUGCAGAAGAACUUUGAACUGCUCUUCACAGCGCUGGCUCUCAUCACCAUUGAACUGGCCAAUGAGGAGGUGGUGAUUGACCUGAUGCGUCUGUCCAUCGCCCUGCAGGAUAUGGCCUUGGUCAAUGAGGAGAAUAUGCCCAUGUUUAUUCGUUGUGGCAUCAUGGCGUUGGUCGCCGCAUACCUCAACUUCCUCAGUCAGAUGAUCGCAAAUCCUCCUUUUUGCCAACAUGUCAGCAAGGUGAUUGAGCUGAGAAGUUUGGAUGCUCCGUAUCUCCUGCCGGAACACAUCUUCAGGGAAAAGUGUGUGCUUCCAGACUCUUUGGAUAGGGAAGACAAUGCGCUGUAUUUUCAGACGGCUGAUCUGGCGGAAGCAAUGACUGUACCUGGAUAUAAUGUAGAGCGACUGUCCAUACCUUACAUACCACAGGUCACAGGUAAACAUGCUCUUCUACACUGUUUCAAAUAGUCGAUUUGUAGGGAAAGUUAACCGAGGAAUAGAAAAUAACUGCUGAUUUACUCGACCUCAGGUCAUCCAUGAUAGAACAAUAAAAAUAACUAUUAUGAAGCACCAAGGAAACCGUUUCUGCUGAAAUAUUCAUUAAUGUUCCAAAUUUUUUAUUUUGGGUGAAAUAUUAUUGUAGUAUUUAAAGUGCACUUUUAAGGAGUUCAAGCGUAGCACUGAAAUCCUAUUGUAAAUGGUAGAAAAGCCCAAAAGUCACCAUACUUCCCUAAAAAUAAAUGGGCAGAUCAAACCGUACUGCGUAGAUACCUGAAACUUUCCAUUAGAUCUUGUAAAAUUUUUAGGUAUUUUGCAAUUUUAUAAGUUUUCUGUAAACUACUCCUAGGUAUUUCACAACAAUAGUGUUUUUUGGGGGGGAAUUUGGACUGCCUAGAUCAGUAAUUAUCAAACAAAGUGGAACUUUACCCUUUGGAUGGCCAUUCUAGCGUCAUUUAGAAAUUGGGUGUUAAUGAAUAUAAUAAAAUGUCUGUAAUUCAUAAAUGAAAACUCAAAUAAUUACAAAGUUUGCUGUGCACAUGCAUCAUGUCACUGCAGGUAAGUCUGCAGACAUUGUUAAAGAUAAUCCAAUAGGUUUCUCUGUAACAGUUGCAAAUAUAACAGAUAUAAAAUAAUCAAUUUCAUAAAAAAAUGUUUCGCUAUAACAGUAAACACUGAAAGAUUACAUUUUUUCUAUGGUAAUUCAAUAUUACUGGCUAAAAUGAUAUUUUUGUGUGUUUUUGUUUCGUAUUUUCAGCCUUGAUUGAAGUAGUUAACAAACUUUCUAAUUGAUAAAUGAGCCUAAGACACUUGAAUACUUGAAUCACAAUAAGUGCUAAAUAUCUUUAUGGAAUUUACAGUGUGAUCACACUACUUACAUGGAUUUACUUUUACUGUACAACGAAAUAGAAUGACAAGAUGGUGAGGACUCAUUUAAUGGUCAUCAGAAUCUUAAUUCCCUUAAUAAUGUCAUGUUUUUUUAAUGUUUGUACAUUUAUAAAGCUAUAAUUUGUAUUAUAUCAUCUUUGUGUCUAAUUACAAAAAAAGCUAAUUAUUGCUCAUGUGAGCUGUUAGUAAUGCAGCAAAUCACAAAGCAGGAAUACAAAAAAAAAAAAAAAAA